UCAGUGACUGUAUGCUGCCGUGAAGAUGGCGGAGGCUGCGGCGGCACCACAAAACCGUUUUUUCUGUCACUGUUGUAAAGGUGAAAUCGACCCUAAACUCCCGGAAUUCACAUGCCCCAGGUGUGAGUCCGAUUUCAUUGAGGAGGUGACAGAAGACUCCAGUCUCUUGGAGAACAGCAGCACUGCAGAGGCCAAUGAUGAUGCAGGCACACUCUUUUCAGAGCUGUGGCAGCUGCUGUUUAUGGAACGCUCUGCUCUUCUCUUGGAUCCCUCCACCUCUGAGUCUGAGUCUGACCAGAGCCAUCUACAGGCUGCCACAGUGGAGGAAGACGUAGAGGGCCCUUCUGAAGUGCCUGUGGCCUCUAUGGGAGGCACAGAUCCUUUAGUGCCUGAAGCGGAACGCCCCUCUCGUCCACCUAGCCAGGGGAGGCGACAGUCCCACACGCCAGCAGUGGAGGGUAUUGUGCAGCAGUUUUUGGCUGGUCUGUUUGCCAACAAUGGAAAUCCAGGCAUCGCACCAGCUGCACUGUCUGGCAUGCUCCAUUCAAAUCCAGGGGACUAUGCCUGGGGUCAGGGAGGUCUAGACGCAGUUAUCACAGAGUUGUUAGGUCAGUUUGAGGGCACAGGACCACCUCCUGCAGAGAAGGAGAUGAUCUCAUCCCUCCCCACAGUCAACGUCUCUCAAGAACAGACAGAUAGCAGACUGGAGUGUCCAGUAUGUAGGGAGGAGUACUCCAUGGGAGAGUCUGUCAAACAGCUGCCCUGCCUCCAUUAUUUCCACAGUGACUGCAUAGUGCCAUGGCUUGAACUGCACGAUACCUGUCCUGUGUGUCGUAAAAGUCUUGACGGCGUCGACCAGAGCAUCCAGCCCCCACCAGAACCCCCAGAGCCCCUCUCCAUCAGGACAGACCCUCAGGAGGAGAGACAGGCUAUUUGAGGAUUAGGCCUCCCUCUCUUCUACCUGUCUGGCAUCUCUUCUUCCCUUUACUCCUGAACGAGGCUCAUCUCUAUCCUCAUGCCUCGUCUUUGACCAUGCGUUUAUUGAAGGGACAUAUUUCAAUUCAACUGUGCCUCAUUGUCAAAAUUCAACUCUCCUCAAAAAUUCACUUCACAAUGCAUUUACUAGGGAACUUUGAUUGACUUUAAAAAGAUCCAAUAUGCCUGGAGUAUCACCUCACCUGUAAAUGGUUCCAACUGUUUUCUGACAAAAUGUUAUGGAUUCGAUUUGUCCCUUCGUAGUGGUAUUUCCCGCAGUGUUCUGAUUGGCUCUCAUUUUGUAUUCAAACCACAUGAACUGACAUCCUUGAGCCACAGGGUGAUGAAAUUCAAUAAAUUGGGGGAAAUCCUAAAAGGU